UGUCUUAUGUUUUUGGUAAGAGGUUUGUGUUUGCCAUCUUUUGACUGUGGCUCAGCUUUUCACGCAGCUUUGUGUGCGCAGGCGCUCCUCAGAAAAGCGCAAAACGAGCCCACUAUUCGUUCACGUUGUUGCGGAGUUUCCGUGGCGCCGCCCCUGAGUCCAGCUGAAGUUGCGCUGCCCACAGUGCGGCUCUUGAAUGCAGCUCUGGACUCUGAACCCCGCAGCUCAGAGCGUCCCGGGACACACACCAUGGCCGCAGCUCCUGUUGUCAUCAGCCAGGACGAGGUGAGAAGUCUGCUGCGCUACAGAGACCUGAUCCCCAGGCUGGAGGACGCCUUGGCCAAGUUUUCCAGACGGGACAGCGCCGACGUGAUCCAGCCCGUCCGCAGCACCGUCCCGCUGAGGAAACACGACGGAUACUUUGGAUUGAUGCCUACUUACAUGGAGAAUGAUGGCGUCCUGUGCACUAAAGUGCUGUGCUUCUACAAGCGUCAGGCCGGCUCCGCCUUGCCGUCGGUGCAGAGCACAGUGCUGAUCUUGGAUCCAGAGUAUGGCAACGUCCAAGCCGUUAUCGAUGGGGAGGUCAUCACAGGCAUGAGGACAGCCGCAGCUUCAGCAAUCUCUGCUAAACUGCUGAUGCCAGCGAGAGCCGAGGUGCUGGCCAUCCUGGGGAGCGGCCAUCAGGCCCGGAGCCACUACAGCGUCUUCACGGAAAUAUUCACAUUUAAGGAGGUGCGUGUGUGGAGCCAGACGAGGGCGUCGGCGGAGAGGUUCAGCGACUGGGCGGGCGGUGCGGUGAGGGUGUGUGGCUCAGCCGAGGAGGCAGUGAGGGGGGCCGACGUUAUAGUGACUGUGACUAGAGCCACCGAGCCCGUCCUGCUUGGCCAGUGGAUCAAACCCGGAGCCCACGUGGCAGCGGUGGGAGCCUGCAGGCCAGACUGGCGGGAGCUGGACGACGCGCUGAUGAAGGAGGCGGUGGUGUACGCCGACAGCAAGGAGGGAGCCAAGGCUGAGUCUGGUGACAUCAUCCUGUCCGGGGCUGAGGUGUUUGCGGAGCUCGGCGACAUCCUGAACGGCACGAGUCCUGCUCACAGAGAGAAGACGACUGUGUUCAAAUCCCUCGGAAUGGGACUUGAAGACGCUGUGUCUGCCAAGCUGGUGUUCGACCGCUGGAGGGCCAAAAACAGCCAAACAUGAGGGAGUCAGCCACCAAGACAGAGUGCCGAAAUAUGAAUCACAUGAUACUGAAUUUUCCCUCUUUCUCCUCACUUUUAUGGCUAAAGCUCAUGAAGAUCAAACAGGCAGAAAAAUCCAUACAAGCUCGUAGAUGUUACUUCAUGAAUUCUGGGGCAUCCAUUUCAGGAGAGGCCACUGCUGUAAAAUCUUAGCCUGCCUGUAAUGUUUUUAUAGAGUCUGGCAGCUUGACUCAGUGUCAGAGUCCAGUGUGGUCAUUUUGUUAUGGCCCCGUCCUGAACAGAAAUGUGAUUAGACAGCUGAUAUGGCAGACACAAGGUGAUGUUAAAUUCAUUUAUUUGCUUUUUUUUGUUUGUUUGUUUCAUUGAUAUAACUGUAUUAUCCCAAAUAACACAAGGUGCUUCUAAAUGAAUUGAUCUGCUUCUCAAAACAGAAUGUAUUUUGCUUUGUUAACAGAAAAACAACACCAGAUUUCAUCAGGGGGAUGAAGUGUGUACUUUGAAACACUACUAAAACUGAACUGCCCUAUUCAUUUUAUUGCCCUAGUGCAAUGAAAUGAAUUGUACUAAUAAACGAG